GAUCCGGAAACUUUUUUCCGGCCCGCGACCCCAGCUAGAGAAGGUCCUCUAGUCUAAAGAUGGCGGCUUUAACAGCGACUGGUGCUGUGGCGCUGCGUAGAAACGUCAGUCGGCCGGUUGCUUUUGUGAGAAAAAUUCCUUGGACCGCGGCGUCGAGUCAGCUGAGAGAACAUUUUGCACAGUUUGGCCAUAUAAAAAGGUGUAUUGUACCUUUUAUGGAGUUUUGCUCUUACUGCUCAGGAUGGAGUGCAAUGGCGCGAUCUCAGCUCACCGCAACCUCUGCCUCCCGGGUUCAAGUGAUUCUCCUGCCUCAGCCGCCCGAACAGCUGGGAUUUACAGGACAAGGAGACUGGUUUUCACAGAGGUAUGGGUUGGGUUCAGUUUUCUUCAGAAGAAGAACUUCAGAAUGCACUACAACAGGAAAAUCAUAUUAUAGAUGGAGUAAAGCUCCAGGUUCAAGCUCAAAGGCCAAAAAUUUUGCAAAUACCCGAUGAAGAGAAAGAUUUUUGAGACUGCCAACUUAUUAAAUAAAGUUAACAUAACUGAGAA